AUGGUUAAAAUAUAUUUUAUUUCUUUAUUUUUUAUUGUAUUUUUAAAAUGUGUUAUUGGUGAAUACCAUCCAAGAAAAUGGAAAGAUAGUAAAAUUUCUAACGUAAACUUUAGUGAAAGUGUGGAUACAAAAAAUCAAAGCCAAGAAAAUUUAAAAUCACUUAGGUUAGAUGAAAUUUUAUCUCCAAAACCAUUACAUGUUCAUAUUAAAAGAGAAAUAAUAAAUAAACUACAAGUUAAAAAACCAACAACAAAAAAGAAAUUGGUUAAAAAGCCAUUAAAUAAAAAUCCAUUGGUUAACAAAAAACCACUUAAAAAAGUUGUUCCAAAAAAAACUAAACCUUUAGUUCCAGGAAUUAAGAAGCCAGUAAGUAAAAAACCUAUUCAAAUUAAAACUACUGCUAAAAAAAUUAUGUCAAAGAAAACUACAAAAAGAAUGUUUACAACUAAAAAACCAAUAAUCCAAGUAAAAACUACAGCCAGAAAGAGACCUACAAUGAAAGCUAAAACCACAAUGAAAACUACACAAAAAACUACUACAAAGAAAUCUACAACAUCAACUACCACAUUGAAAUCCACAACAUCAACUACCACAAUGAAAUCUACAACAACAACUAAAAAUGUGACUAAUUUAGAAGAAAGUGCAAUAAAAAAAUUAACUGAAAUGUUAGAAGAAAGCAAAGAUAAUGAUUAUUGUCCUGAAUUAGAACUAAAUACUGAUUCUGAUGAAAAGUUUGAUUCUGUUGAAGAUACCAAUACUACAGAAGAUAACGAUGCUGAUGAAAAUCAAGAUGUAUUAAAAUCAAGUGAAUUGAAGAAUGGAUCUGAAAUACUUGGUAUCACAGAAGAAAAAGACUCUUUUGUUGAAGAUCUUGACUCAGAAAAUUUAAGUAGUUUAAAAGAUGAUGACAAUAUGGAAAAGGUUGAUGACCACUCUAAUGAAAACCUAGAUGUGUUAAAAUCAAGCGAAUUGGAGGAUGAUUCUGUAAUACUUGAUAUCACAGAAGAAAAAGACUCUUCUGUUAAAGAUAUUGACCCAGAAGAUUUAGGCAGUUUAGAAGAUGAUUAUGAAGUAGCUAAUAAUGUAACAGAAUCUGAUUACAAUGAAGAUGAUGAAUAUGAUGAGGAUUAUGAUUUAGAUGGUUUAGAAGAUGAUUCUAAUGAGGCUAAUAAUUUAGCAGGGUCUGAUUACAAUGAAAAAGAUGUUUAUGAUGAAGAUUAUAGUUUAGAUGAUAUAGAAGAUGAUUCUGAAGAGGCUAAUAACUUAGCAGGAUCUGAUUACAAUGAAGACGACGAAUAUAAUGAAGAUUAUAAUUUAGAUAGUUUGGAAGAUGAUUCUGAUGAGUCUAAUGAUUUAGCAGGAUCUGAUUACAAUGAAGAAGAUGUUUAUGAUAAAGAUUAUAGUUCAGAUGAUAUAGAAGAUUAUUCUGAAGAGAAUAAUAAUUUAGCAGGAUAUAAUUACGACGAAGAAGAUGAAUAUUAUGAAGAUUAUGGUUUGGAUGACAUAGAAGAUGAUUAUGAAGUAGCUAAUAAUGUAGCAGAAUCUGAUUACAAUGAAGAUGAUGAAUAUGAUGAGGAUUAUGAUUUAGAUGGUUUAGAAGAUGAUUCUAAUGAUUCUAAUGAAGAUGAUUUUUACGUGGCUGGCAAUCUUGAACAAUCUGAUUUUGAUAGCGAAUCAAGAGAAGAAUUAAAAAAUGAAUACAAAGAUAUACACACCAAAGAAUAUUUUGACAAUCAAGAAUAUAGUCGUUGA